AUGGGGUAUGACGGUUGUACCAAUAAUAAUAAUGAGUUGAUUCCUACAAGAACAGUCACCGGUUUGAGAGUUUGUAUGGAUUAUCGCAAGCUCAACAAAGUCACAAGGAAGGAUCACUUUCCUCUUCCUUUCAUGGAUCAAAUGCUUGAUAGGUUGGACGACCAUGCUUUCUAUUGUUAUCUUUAUGGUUACUCAGGCUUCAACCAAAUUCUUAUUGCUCCGGAAGAUCAAGAGAAAACCACUUUUACAUAUCCAUAUGGUACCUUUGAUUUCAAACUGAUGCUUUUUGGUUUGUGCAAUGCAUCAGAGACUUUUCGUGUAUGA